UGCCAGUGUACAAGCACUUGCUCUACGAAAGCAGGAAGAAAAAGGACUGGAUGUCCUUGCAAAACAGCCGGUCGCUUCUGCGGAGAGGCCUGUUCGUGCAGUCGACGAAAGCCGUGCAAGAACAGAGAGGUGGGGAAACAAGGCUCGGUUGAGGUCUAAAAUUCGCUAGUAGGAAGUACUAGUACAGUUUGCGAUUUCUUUUUUAUCAUGUGAAGGCUGCAUCCGUGGCAUCCCAAGGAUGGGGAUUCGUGCAAGGACCGCCAGGCCAACCGGAUAAUGGUUUCCCUUGUACAAGUCGUUGAUCGUUGCUUCCCCUAAAUGGAGCAAAUUGUCUUUUGUUUUAGUGUCUCGUUUGUGUGUCAUGUUCUGAGGUGUGCAAGAUUUCUUAGGGAAGUCCCCUUUUUAUUUGUUAUUUUCUCGUCGAUUACGCUCUUAAAAGAAUCUAGGUGUCAAGCUUCGACAGAAUGUGAUAAAAAGUAAUUGUCCAGCUACUCUAACAAAUUAUUGCACUAUUUUUCAACCUCACAGGAGUUUAUCCAAACCCUGGAAGAGGAGCUAGCAAAAAAAACUUGCUACAAGAGCUCUACAGAGGGGAGUGGGCAGCAUGGACUAUAUAGAUAUGCUUCUUAUCCAGGAGGACCCAGAAGAUGAGAAUGAUGAUGCCGCUCUCCCAUCUUCCCUUUCUCUAUCCCCCCAGAAGUGUCAAGUCCAGCACCACCGAACCCUGCCCAAUCUACACCUGCAUCCACCCCAGCCUCAGACUCGAGCAUAUCUGGAACAUCAACUUCAGGUGGGCCCUCAUCUUUCAGGCCACCAUCAACAGCAUCUAUGGCAAGGUCAAGUGAACCAGUGCCUGAGUGGUGCAAAUGUGGACAUUGCCGCAGAAUGUCGCAGGAGGUUGAGAACCGGUGCUGUAAUUCUAGAGACUGUGUCUCACUUAGCGCACGCUUUCGCAAGCUAUGCCUGGACCCUGAUUAUUUACAAUUAAGUAUAAAGUGUUCAGGGGAUAUCAGAAACGACCGUCAAGAUAAUAGCAGCAGAGCCUUCCGAAAGGCUGCCUAUCGUCAUUAUAUAAUUGAAGACUAUGGCUACCUUGGAAAACACAAAAGAAGGGUAUGCCCUUCAUGCUGUGUAUGGAAAAUUCGAGAGCACUACCCUUCCUCAACUGGGGUGUACAUGGGGUUCAAACCUCGCUAA